AUGACAUUUGCAGACCUUCUUGACCGUAUUGGUGGGGUUGGCACUUUCCAGAUACUCCACAGUAUACUACUGGCAUUUCCAGUUUGCAUGGUGGCCUGUCAUAACUUCUUACAAAACUUCACUGCCGCUUUCCCUGCUCAUCAUUGUAAACAAAAACCUGGACUCAACAUCAGUGGAAACAUCUCCUAUGAAGACCUGAUGAGGGUGACAAUUCCACUGAAUCAGAAGGGCCUGCCAGAGAGGUGUCGGAGAUUCUCAGAGCCCCAGUGGAUGAUGCUCAACCCCAAUGUCACCCAGGCCAAUAUUUCAGAUGCUGUAACAGAAACUUGCCUAGAUGGAUGGGUCUAUGACACAUCAGUUGUCAGAUCAUCUAUUAUUACCGAGUGGGAUCUGGUAUGUGAUCUGAGUUCCAUGAGGCAAAUGGCACAGUCUGUGUACAUGGUGGGGGUUCUGCUUGGUGGUGCAGUAUUUGGUGGCAUAGCAGAUAGAUUUGGUCGCAGAACUGUCCUCAUCUGGUCGUACAUGCAGAUGUCCAUAGCCGGGACUCUUGUUGCUUUUCUGCCCAGCUUCCCGUGUUAUGUGUUCUUCAGACUCAUCAGUGGCAUGACAUUCUCCAGCGUACUGCUCAAUACACUAUGUCUGAUGCUGGAAUGGAUGCCAGUCAAGGGACGCACCCUGGCAGGAACCUUCAUAGGUUAUGUUUUUACCUCUGGCCAAAUGGUACUGUCAGGCUUGGCAUACGCUAUCCGUGACUGGCGCUGGUUGCAGUUCUCCGUCACAGCACCCUUCUAUUUCUUCUUUGUAUAUUCUUGGUUGCUGCAAGAGUCAGGACGUUGGCUAAUUUUAAAUGGACGCACUGAUCAGGCACUGACCAACAUGCGAAGGGUGGCCAGAUUAAAUGGCAAGGAAGCUGAGGGCUUGAAAAUGAGUAAGGAGGAGGUGAUCGCAGAGAUGCAGAAUGAAAUAUCUAAUCGCAAAUCUUCUCACAGCCUGUUGGACCUUGUAAGAACCCCUGGUAUGAGACGUAUCACAGGUUGUCUGAUGAUGGUUUGGUUCUCCACCAGUUUUGCAUACUAUGGUCUAGCUAUGGACUUGCAGAAAUUUGGGAUUAGUAUCUACCUUGUACAGUUCUGCUUUGGAGCUAUUGAUGUACCAGCAAAGCUUGUGGCAGCUUUAACAAUGACCUUUGUCGGCCGUCGGAUGACACAAGGACUGUUCCUUAUCCUUGCAGGGACCGUGAUCAUUGCCAACAUCUUCGUUCCAGUGGAAAUGCGAGUUCUUAAAACUGCUUUGGCUGCUCUGGGGAAGGGAUGCUGUGCUUCUGCCUUUAUGUGCGCAUACCUUUAUUCUGGAGAGCUCUUCCCUACGGAAAUCAGACAGACCGGCAUGGGAUUCUCAGAUAUGAAUGCCAGAGUGGGUUCUGUGGUAGCCCCCGUGAUUCAUCUGAUUGGAGAAUACAUACCCAUACUGCCUGCGAUCAUCUUUGGUGCUGCCCCCAUUGUAUCUGGAAUAGCGGCUACAUGUCUGCUCCCCGAGACUCGUAACAGACCCCUAAGUGACACAAUCCAGGAGGUGGAGGACAGGAGGAAAAAGAGUAACUGGAAGCAAGAAGUGGAACUAAAGCUUGAAUUUGUACCUCUCACACAGAAACCUGAAAACUGCUUUAAGGACACCAUCUGA